CUAUGGACAGUCUCUCAAAAACUGAGUUUAUCAGCAUUUGUGUUCGGGAUCCAAGGUUCCAUAGAGAUGACCUCUGGCACCAGUAUGUCGACUAUGAUAUCUGUCUACAUACCAAUAGCAUGUGUUUCCGAAAGAAGACUUCCUGCGUGAGGCGGCGUUACAGUGACUUUGUUUGGCUGCGUCACUGCUUGGAACGGAAUGCUUUGAUCAUAGAAAUGCCCAAAUUGCCACCCUGGAACCCAUUCUUCAGUCUAAGGAACACAGACCAGGUCACCCAGAGGAUGAAGGGCCUGCAGGAGUUUUUAGAAAUUGUUCUUCGUACGCCAUUGUUAUUAUCAGACAGUCGACUCCACCUGUUCCUGCAGUCAGACCUCAGCCUUACAAAGAUAGAGAGGUGUGCUCUUGGUAAGACCAGGUACACUGUGGCUGAAGCCAUACAGCGUUCCAGCAGCGGUUACAUCAGUAGGUUAGAGGACAAGGCCUCUUUUGAAUCUGACUGUGAAAGGUAUGAGCCUAGACAGCAAUGGUUCACAUUUGAAACAUUUUUUGUUUCAGUUUAAUGAAUUGACACUAAA